UCCAGAGAUCCUGCUCUUGGGGCUCCGUUACUCUCUCGUAUGAUUUAAAAAGCGAUCUAGAUCAUACUACACUCCUUGUAUUGAUUUCUAGCGGAAUUUCCAGGGAAACCCUAUAUUCUCGGUUCUGAGAGAUGGCAAAGCGUUUGAUUCCAACCCUCAACCGCGUCCUGAUCGAGAAGAUAGUCCCUCCUUCCAAGACCACGGCCGGGAUUCUCCUCCCCGAGAAGUCCUCCAAGCUUAAUUCAGGGAAGGUGGUAGCAGUAGGACCUGGAGCGCGAGACAAGGCAGGGAACUUGAUUCCGGUGUCACUGAAGGAGGGCGACACUGUGCUGUUGCCCGAGUAUGGCGGCACCCAAGUCAAGCUCGAGGACAGAGAGUUUCAUUUGUUCAGGGAAGAGGAUAUUUUGGGCACCCUGCAUGAUUGAUGAAUUGAACGCUUCCUAAAUUGAGGGUUGCGACUGGUAAAAUAUAGUGGUGUCAAGUGGAUGUAAUUUGGCAUCAUUAUUUAGAGACUUUCACUCACAAUGUCAUGCUUGAUUGUGUUCUGAAAAAUGACAAUGGCAAUUGUUCUCCUUUGAUUUAGUGGCGGCCAUUUCAAUUGAACCUGUUUAGUUUAA